GGAGGUUCGGCUCGGCCAUAUUUUCUGUUUUGUUUACUUUUUAUACCGUGUUCGUGUUGCAUUUCGAAAGAUUGUGAGAAAAAGAGAGAAUUUUCCGUUUUAUUUUUCGACGGGGAUCAGUCUCCAGUUCGAUUUUCUCCGUCCUUUUUUCAUCCCAGGUUAUGGAGGACUUGGAGGAGAUGGGAAACGAAGGUGAUGUGUUCACGUUCAGCGAUAGUAAGAUGAAAGCCGAUAAGAGUGGUAAGCAGGAUGAUCUGUCGGACUAUGACACGAGGAGCGAGGACGUUUCGGAGGAGGAGUACGACACAAGGUCCGAGGUGACUUCAAGUUCCAGCUCACCGACUCCGUCGAUGAGCAGCAACUCGAGCAGGAAGAACAAGAGGACAAGACACAGACUUGAAAACGAGAGGAAAUCGCAGGACAGGAAGGUCACGCCUUUGAGGAAAUCCCCUGAUAGGAAAAGCAGGAAUUACAACUACUCGACAAAGCUGAACUACCUGUUUAGAAAUGCUAGGUUUUUCGUCAUGAGGAGCAACAACGCCGAGAACAUAGCGUUGAGCAAGGCGAAAGGGGUCUGGUCAACGCUUCCAAAAAACGAGGUCAAACUGAACCAAGCAGUCAAUGAAUGCAGAAAUGUUCUUCUGAUAUUCUCAGUAAAGGAGUCCGGUAGGUUUGCCGGUUUCGCCAGACUGAACGGGCACUCGAGGCGAGACAUACCGCCAAUAUCUUGGGUCCUGCCACCCGGGCUAUCUGCAAAAGCAUUAGGCAGUGUGUUCAAGGUAGACUGGAUCUGCCGUAGAGAGCUGCCUUUCACGUCCACCCUCCACCUCUACAAUCCAUGGAAUGAUGGGAAGCCUGUUAAAAUAGGCAGAGAUGGCCAAGAGAUUGAAACACGUGUUGCAAGGGCCCUAUGCAGGAUGUUUCCCGAAGAUGAGAACAUCGAAUUGACCCCGAUUCUACGCAAGUCGAAAGCCUUUGCAAGAAAGUUAAGAGAGAGGGACCUGCAGAAACACAGAGACCAUGCGAUGAGGAGGAGCCUUGUAUACCGAAGGGGAUAUUCCCGUGGCGUCAGGAAACCCUAUCCGAGGGCCCCGUACAUGCGCAGCCCGCUUGACUACAUGAGAAGCUUCCAUCUGCCGCCUCUCCCCUAUGGUCCGCCGAUGCCAAGCUUCUUACCGCCUUCAGCUUACAACCCGCCGCCGAGGUACUACGAAGGCCCACCCAUCCCAGUGGAAUAUUACGACAGCCACAAACGCCAGUAUGACAGGAGCGUCGAGGAGUUCUUGUGGAGGAACGACAGGAGGGAUCGACUCGACAGGAGAGAAAGGCGUUAUCGAGAUAGAAGAUAGUGGUUGUGAUGUUAUGAAAGCUAUAAAUUAAAAAAAAAAACUUUUCUAUUAAUGUUCCUCAUUUACAAAAAGAAAAAAUAUUAAAGAAAAAAAAUCAUUAAUUUGUAUAUAGUGUCAGUCAAUUGUCAAGAUAUAUCUUGUUUUUUUGAAGUUCUGAUUUCAAGAUCUCUUCAUAGCUCUGCAAAUGCGGAAAAAAUAAC